GGUCAGGAACAUGCAGGUGAAGCACGGAGUUGGGCGGCGCAUUUGCACCUGUUCGUGGCUUAGAUAUUCAAGCAAGUCUUGGAAAGCAGCCUGAGGCGCGGCAUCGCCUUGUCUACGUUUCAGCACGCGACCAACAUCAUGACCGCGACGCAUUAUAAUUCUCGUGUCGCGCUGAUCGACGAGUCUCUCCUCUUGCACUACCUGUUCACAUUCGGUCCAUUCAACAUAAUCAUCGACUACCAACACCACUCAGCGGAAGAUACAAUAGCAACAAGCGCACAGCAGUCCGAGUCACCGAAACAGAUCUACCAUGUUGACCAACCGCCACUCAACAAUGCCAGUCAAACAUAGUCGUAUGCCGAGUUGGCAUGCUGGCUCGAGGACCGCUGAUCCCGCACAACUCAAUCAAGCCAUUCCAACAUAUACCAUCGGCAACAUCCCACGCAGCCUGACACCUGUAAUUCUCACAUCUACAACACCAAACUUACCAGGCUACACUACAACCCGCCUCAUUGGCGCCAUCCACGGAACUGCAUCUCUCACCCACCGAGUCCCGAAGUCGUUCCUCAAGUCACUAUCGAGCAGCAUUACAGGCUCCUGGGGCGAAGCGAAACCACUGACGCAAUUUCUGUAUCAAGCACGGGACCAAGCGAUCGAGCGAAUGACGAAAGAUGCGAUCGAAAAGGGUGCAAACGCUGUUGUGGGUAUGCAGAUCAGGGAGACUGAGGUCAUGGGAUGUGUCGUGGUCAAUGUGAGCGCGACGGCGUGUUUGGUGGAGAAAGAGAGGGCACAGUUGAAGAGGGACAGCGUGCAAAAGAGCCCUUUUGGAUGAGCAAUUGAGCGUGAAGAUAGGUUAAGACAAUGGAACGAGACUGGAGGCCGUCUGAGUCUCUGGAAAUUAUCUGAGGUAAUUGAGUUGGAUGAGCGGGAAUUGGUGGUCAAAACACC